AUGGGUGUCAAGUCACUAUGGAAUCUUUUGGAGCCAGUCGGACGUCCCAUUCCCUUGGAAAAUCUGGAGGGGAAAGCCCUGGCUAUUGACUCGAGCAUAUGGAUAUACCAGUUCCAAGCCACCAUGCGCGAUACGGACGGACGGGCACUGGUCAACGCACAUGUCCUCGGUUUUCUUCGUCGUAUUUGUAAGAUACUGUUCCAUGGCAUUCGGCCUGUUUUUGUCUUCGACGGUGGUGCACCGGCGUUGAAGAGGAACACCAUCACAGAACGUAAGAAGAAAAAGAGCGGCGCUGCGGCUAGCCAUGCACAGAUUGCUGAAAGGCUAUUGGCUGCGCAGAUGAGGCGCGAGGCCGUUGUCCAUGCUUCGGCAUCUCACCCACCUACUUCUAAAGGCAAACAAAAGGCGCCCCCGGGUCCCGUCGUCCUUGGCGAGGGGGUCGUCUAUCUUGAGGAUAUCGACAACUCGAUGAUGACGAAAACACCGACGAAUGCCAAGAAGGCGCAGAAACGUUCACUAGCUUCUUCCGCCAAGAAGACGAGCCGUUUCCAUGACUACGAUCCCUACAAGUUACCAGAGAUUAACUUAGAGGAGCAGAUAGCCAAGGCUACACGUGGACAUGCGCCAGACUUCCGCCUCGCGACCGAGGAAGAAUUGAGGGCGUUCGUAGAGGAGAUGCGACCGGAGGACUUUGACGUCACUUCACCCGCCUUUCGUGAGCUGCCGACGGAGAUCCAGUACGAAAUUGUCGGCGACCUGCGCCUCAAGUCGCGGCAGACGUCAUACAAGCGCCUUCAGAACAUGCUAAGAAAAGCAGAAACUCCUCUUGAUUUCUCGAAAGAGCAGAUCAAGGGUCUUCAGCAACGUAACGCUCUUACUCAACAACUUCUGAUUACGACGGACAGCAUUGGAAAGGCACAUAUCAGCAUUCCCGUCCGUAUAGCUAGCGAGCGCGACAAGGAGUAUCUCUUAGUCAAAAACGAAAGUGCGGAGGGGGGUUGGAUUUUGGGCCUCCGCGACGAAGGUACUCAGUCGAAACCCAUCGAAAUUGAUGCAGACGAAAGGGGAUUUGCUAGCGAGGAGAGUGACAAUGAUAUGGACAUGGAGGAAGUCGCAAUGCAUGUCGCACGUUCUAUUUGCACGUUACCAAUCAUGCUGACGAAGGUAUCUAGACCGCGACCCGUGUCGAAUGAUCAACAACCUAACAAUUGGAGCUCUCAGACUGCUCGGCUUGCACGGUCUGUGGAACAGGGCACAGCAAGGCGACUGUUUGAUCUUGACGAAGGCGAGGAUGUGUCCCUAGAUCAAUUAAGUGACGAAGAUCCAGAGCUUGCAAUGGCAAUACAGGCGUCUCUGGAUACUCGUCGAUCUCCACUUCUACAAAGUCAAUCACACGUCUCCGAAGGCAUAGCCCCGCAGAUCCCUCUUCCCAAGGCGGCACCUCUUUCAAAAGUUGGACCCCGAAGUCCGGGGACAACGUUAUCUACUACCGGGGCAGCUUUGCAUGACGAUAUCGAAGACCUGUACGAGUCGCCUUCUCGUCUAGAGACGACAUUAGCUAUUGCGGGUGCGGGUCCGUUACGACAUCCUUCGGGCAGCUUUUUGGAGCGUACUCAAUCAGGACACAUGUUUGGAAAGCCAUCACUCCUCGUCUCCCCCACAGCUUCCCACCGUUAUCUUGAUAUAGAGCCUUCUGUUCGCACUGGAUCUGCCACUAGCAUACAAGAGGAACAGUCAAUCGGUACCCCGGAACAGAUCAGCACCUUAACCCCACCUUCAAUUGAAAAAUCGUCACACACUGUGUCUACGGCAAAUGCAAAAGCAGCCGAGGUUGCCGCGGACAUCGAAUCUCCUGUAAGUGACGGUGACAUGCAUGAGAUCGUCUUUGCCAAAGCCUCGACCACACCUGUCAUUAACAACGUCCUACCCAUGGAUGUGUUAAUUAACAAAGAUGCACGAGAGUUCGAGGCUCACGUGUCGACUCGGUCUAAAUUUUCAUCCGGACACUCACCCAAUGAUGAGGUAACGGCAGUAGAUGGAAGCGAUAAUGGGUCGACCAUCGAGUGGUCACGAUCCCCGUCACCAGCGGGCGCUGACGUACUGCCCACUCUCCAUUCCGAAGCGAAGAUGGAUGAAGAUUGGGAUGCUGCACAAGAGAUGGACCCACAAGCGGAGGAGGGAGAGUUUGCUCGAUUUGUAUCCCAGGUCAAGGGAAAGGACCUCGAAGUUGUGAGACACGAGAUCGACGAGGAAAUCAGAGUUCUUAAUCAGCAAAGGAAAGCAGCCCUACGUGAUUCCGAAGACAUUACGCAACAGAUGAUUUCGCAAAUCAUGCUUAUGUUGCGUCUCUUCGGUAUACCAUACAUCACUGCGCCUAUGGAAGCCGAGGCGCAGUGUGCGGAACUCGUGCGACUAGGUCUCGUGGAAGGGAUCAUUACAGACGAUUCCGACGUGUUCUUGUUCGGCGGGCUGCGCGUUUACAAGAACAUGUUCAACCAGUCCAAGACCGUCGAGUGCUUCCUUUUAUCUGACUUAUCCCGGGAGCUUGGACUUGCGCGCGAUGCCCUUGUUCGCCUAGCAUAUCUACUCGGCAGUGACUACGUUGAAGGACUGCCAGGUGUUGGACCUGUUGUGGCCAUGGAACUUAUGCAGGAGUUUCCCGGCGAGGAUGGUUUGCACAAGUUCAAGGACUGGUGGUCCAAGGUUCAAAGUGGACGAGACCGGGCAGAGGACAACAAGACCAAGUUCAGAAAACGAUUCAAGAAAAAAUUUAAGGAUUUGUAUUUGCAACAAGACUGGCCCAAUCCCCUCGUGAGAGACGCAUACUAUCACCCUACGGUCGAUUCCUCUGAAGAACCAUUUAAGUGGGGGAUACCUGACCUUGACGCCCUGCGACAUUUCAUAAACAAAGAACUUGGCUGGAACCAGUCGAAAGUCGAUGAUUUAUUAAUGCCGAUAAUCCAAAGGAUGAGUCGCCGUAACCAGGUUACGUCACUAAACAAACAGGGCGAUCUGAGUGAAUUUUUUAGCGUCCCAUCCGGAGCCGGCACGGUCGCACCGCGGAAGCGGCAGGCAUACAGUAGCAAGCGUCUCCAACAAGUCGUGACCGAGUUCCGCAGGGAGCAGGUGAAAAACCGGGACCGGAGUGCGUCGACACCGAGCCCAGAACACGAUGAUGGAGAGUGCGGUGCAGGACUUGCAAUCGAGGACCCGCCACUGAACAAAAAGCGAAAGACUGCUGUGUCCCGCAAAGGAAAGGAUAAGGAAAUCAGGCAAACGGAGGCCAAGGGUAAGAAAAAUCGCGGGACCCGUACUGCCGGUGCUGUAAAAUCAAGGAAACGCCGGCAUUCAAGUGGUGACGAUCAUUCAGAUGAUCGACCUGACAGUGAAAAAGAGUCUGCAGAGUCACAGGAGGUGCGCCUUGACUUAGCCCCAUCCGCACCUCUAUCGGUGCAGCUCCGUCCGCGAGUGAAACCAAGAGUUCGGAAGGCUAAGGCUCCAGAACAGCUCCCUUAG